UGUCAACUUUGAUCUGCGAGGGAACUUGUGGAUAUGUGUCUAAACAUGAGCGGCAGCUGACAGCAAUAUGAUCAAUGUUAACGGUAGUUUGCAGAAAUAUAAAUAUAUAACAUCGGCAUGACUCGUGUAACUUCUGGUUUGGAGUGUGAAACAUUAGCAGAGUGUAACUACUGCUACCCAACUGAAGUUCUGUCUGAAGUCAGAGAUGUCACAGCAGCUUUUCUAGACCUGCACUUGUAUGUCGGCUAUUACUAUUACCCUAACAAUGACAGGAAGAAGCUGGUAUGCUUGCGUGGCACCGUCCCCGUUAUUUAUGAAGGUACUCAAUACAACAUCCCAGUGUGCAUCUGGCUCCAUGAGACACACCCACAGAACCCACCGCGCUGCUUGGUUUGCCCCGUAGCUUCGAUGGUGAUUAACAGCAGAAGCAGCAGUGUGAACGAGCAAGGCCAUGUGCUCCUGCACUGCCUCAGCAACUGGAAAAGCAACUGGUCCAACUUGUCCAUUGUCCUGGAGGAGAUGGUGGCUGCAUUUCAGCGAGAAUCACCUCUGUUCUCCACUUAUCCAGUCAGAUCUCGGGAUCAUCGCAGAUCUGAUUCGUCUGAUGGCAGUCUGACCAACACCGUUGGUAACUCGGUUCACAGGAAGUUCUCGCACCCUGAAAUGUCGUCGUCAUCAUAUGUGAAUCAGUCAGCCAUCAACUCAGCGUCUAUGGGAAUGAAAGCCAGCCCAACGAUGGCUGGUGCAGGCGAGCUGAGCAGCGUGAAGAGGUCGUACACACAGGAACUGCUAGAUUUUGGGAUUACAUUCGGAGCAUCCAACGUCCCAAACAACCCAACUAACCCGUUUAUCACUGCUCCGAAUGUAAACACCUCUAAUCCAGAAGACAUUCAGAACCUGUUUAAAAGCCUUCAGCUGGAAAGAACAGUCGGCACAUACCAGCUCGACAACAAAGACACAAAGGAUAUCCCCCACGUGUGGAGGCAGAGUCAGGGCCACGAAGGGAACCUUUUCACACCGACAGGGUUACUCAGUGAUACACACAGGGUUCUGGUGAGCCACCUGCCCGUGGGCGUGUGUCCUCACAGAAUGAAGAACAAACUCACUAUUUACUUCCAACGGAGGCAGAAUGGAGGCGGCGAGGUGGUGGCGGUUACGUACCCUUCGGUUCAGCCCGAUCAGGCCGUCAUCACCUUCAGACACUACAAAGAUGCAGCACGUGUUCUCAUAGAGCCACACCGGCUCAUCACGGUGGAAGAACAGCAAGUUGUAAUCCAUCUUAAAAAGUUUGUAGGCCGUCAGGUGGCCAUCCCAGAGGACGUUCAGGGCGAGAAAGCAGAGGUGUUCAGCAUUAUCUCGAGUCUGGAGGGGAGUAAUUUUAGCCCUGCAGAUGUGCUGGAGGCAGUUCAGGCAUGCCAAGAUGUUCCGUCUGCUCUCAAAUACCUUACGCAUGACUGCCCUAUCUGCCGGGAGCAGAUGUCCUUCAGUAAGAUGAUCACCAUGACCCACUGCUCAUGUACGUUCUGUGAGACCUGCUUCAAAGCCUACUUCUCAUCCGUUAUUAAAGAGAAGAGCAUUGAGCAUGCGGUUUGCCCAAUGUGUAACGAGCCUGAUGUGCGCGGUGCAGGACGGAGGGAGGAGUCCAUGGAAUAUUUUAACCUGCUUGACACAAAGAUCAGGCAUUAUCUGGAUACUCAGACCCACGAGUUGUUUCAGAGUAAGCUAAGGGACAAAGCUCUGCAGGAGAUGCCCAACUUCCGCUGGUGUGCUCACUGUUCUUUCGGGCUCCUCCACGAAGCGGACAGACUAAGGAUGGACUGCCCAAGCUGCAGAAAAAGCACAUGCUUCAAGUGCAAGAACCCAUGGGCUCCUCAGCACGAGGGACUGUCUUGUGAGAAGUUCAAGGAGUGGCAACAGUUAAACAGCCCGGAGUUUCAAAACUCACGUCUGGAGGUCCUUCUCAGCCGAAAUAAAAUAGACUGCCCAAAAUGCAAGUUCCGGUUCUUCCUUUCUAAGGGCGGAUGUUUACAUUUUAAGUGCACCCAGUGCCAGCAUGAAUUUUGCGGAGGCUGCAGUCGACCCUUUAGACUGGGCUCAGCGUGUGAUUUCUCCGCUGAGUGUGCUGCUAAAGGUUUACAUGCCCAUCAUCCCAGAGACUGCCUGUACCAUCUUAGAGACUGGAAUGUGUCCAGAUUGCACUCUCUGCUACAGCGUUAUGAAGUGUCUCACCCGUUUGUGUCCAGACAGAAGGACGAUGGUGGACAGAGGGGCCCAAGAGGUGUGUGUGCCGUGAUGGAGCACAAAGAGCCAGGCAGUGUAAGAGAAGAGCCAUGUGGGCGUCCAGCGUCCCCAGAAUUCAACAAUUACUGCACGCUGCAUUUUAAGGAGUGUCUGGUAGAGCUGAUUAACCAGAACAGACUCGACCCAGUGGUGCUGCUGGAUGAAAACGAGCUGCGUGUCGAACUCGGUCGCUGGAAGGUCCCGGUCCCAGAGAAGGAGCCUCUGGAAACAGAAAAGCUCUACAAGAAACGACUGAAACAGAUCUUGAUCGAGAAGGUGCCGCUGACCGGCAGGGCUGUUUUGGGGGUGAACCCAGCUGCCUCUCCUACCCCGUCACCCUCCCCCACCUCCCCGAUGCCCGCUGGUGCUCCCUGGUACUCAAUGUUGAACCCAAGUAGAGCCAAAGCUGAGGACUCCCAACUUCUGCUGCUGCUUAAUGAUUGAGGAAUGAUCCAGAUUACACACUCGCAUUCAUCACAUCAGUCUAAGUUGGACACCUCUGGUCAUAACCCAUGUUUAAGUUAAAACAACUUUUCAACAUCUGUAUGCACUAUUUUUGCUGGAUUUCAAAUAUUUAAAAACACGUUUGCAUACAGCGAUGUGUCAGCAUCUACUAAAUUCUGUAGAGAAGCACACCUGACACCUAAGGUUGCAAAAAACCUUCAACACUGAGUUCUCCUGUUGUAAUCUAUGCUCUCACCAGUGAUGCACAACCACGUCUGUAAGUUCAGUUUUGGCUCUUUACUGCAGCACAUUGGAUUUAAAAUGAAAAUAAUGUGAUCAAAUGAACUCAGAUUGCUGAAAUUUGCACAAAAUUGUAGUACAGAGCCGAAACAGAUCCUACCAGACGGCACUGCGUUUUAUCUGACGGGACAAAUACGGUUUUUUCCUUCAUGAGCUGCCUUUAUUUAAUUAUUCUUUGCACUAAAAGACGUACUAAAGCAGUGUAACAACAACUCCUCAGUUCUUCCUAGCUCAUCGGUUAUUUAAUAAUCAAGUGUGAUGGUGUAAAUAGCUGUGCUGUGAUUCUUUUAGGUACGAUAAUGCGACGCACUUUUAAUGAAGAGGCUCGAAUGCUGAAGUGAAAAUAUGAUAUUAAUCUUUAACUGUAAAUAACUGCUAUAAUAAAAUAUUUUUUUACCAUG